ACUUAGGUAUACAUAAACUUUUUUUAUUGUGUACCAGUGCACGUUAACAGUGUAUAUUUAUAAGAUCAAUUUCGGUUGAAUAUAUGUGUCGAGUUAAAAGACCAGUAACGCCAAACAGUUUGUGAAAUUUAUAGACCACUUAUAGGUUGGCUAUUGUCAUUAAACAUACAUACAUAUGUAUUUAUGUAGUUACUAACGAAAUAAGCUAAUGCAAUAUCGUAAAUAAGUAGCAUCACUGCUGCCACUCAGCAACAUCUUAGAAUUUGUGAAGCAUCGAUUUUUCGUCUAUUAAUCAAUCGCAUUAAGAUAAGCAGCCACCGACCCUUAACAAAAUUUUAAAAAUAUUUUGCGGUCGAUAUUAGCCAUAAAAAAUGGGUGCCUACUUGUCCCAUCCGAAGACAGAUAAAGCGUCUACAGAUGAAUUCAAUGAUUUUCUAGCCGUUGGAUCCAGCUCAAUGCAGGGUUGGAGGAACAGCCAAGAGGAUGCACAUAACUCCAUUUUAAAUUUUAACCAGAAUACUUCCUUUUUUGCUGUGUAUGAUGGUCACGGCGGAGCUGAGGUUGCACAGUACUGCGCUGACAAAUUUCCGGAGUUCCUUAAAAACCUAGAAUCAUAUAGGAAUGGGAAUUUUGAAAAUGCUCUCAAAGAUGCAUUUUUAGGAUUUGACAAAACUCUGCUGGAUCCAUCAGUAGUAGCUAUACUAAAAGUUUUGGCAGGCGAACAUAAUUUCGUCGAGGGGGACGCGGCGGAUUACGAUGACGAUGCAGACGAAGACUUAGCUGAAUUGCAGGAGGAGAGUAAAUUGCCAUUAAACGAAGUUCUAGAAAGAUACAAAGGGCUUCCUUUAACUCAUGGAACAGUUAUUAAUAAAUCUAAGGAAAAUGUUUCAAAAUUGCAAUCGCCCUAUUUACGGGGACGUCGCGCAGCUGCAGUAGCUGCCGAAGCUGUUAACAAGGCUGUAAUGGACCCCACAUCGAAACCAGAAGGUUCUUCCACUUCAGCUGCAGCCGCUGCCAUUGCAUCUGCAGUUAUUGGUCCGUGUUCUAGCUAUUUAGAGAAAGCAAUACUGUUACCUGAGGAUGAGUCCGCUGUGAGUAGUAGCAGCAGCAAAAGCAAUUAUGAUUCAGCUCGUUUUGGUAAAUGCGAAGAAUCUAAUGGGAAAAAAUCAGACGGGUGUCGAUCUAAUCAUAAUGGGAGUGUUACUUCCUCCAUUGCUAAUGCAGACUGUGUAACUAAUCCAAAAAAUAUGGAAACUGUUGUAUCUGGGUCCAAAGACUUUGAGAAAGGGAACUUGAUCGACCAAUGCAAUGAUAUUGCUGGAAUCUCAUCUACCAGUAAGGAAACAAAACAGUUCCUGAAGAAGUUUGAUUGUAUCCAGGAUGAUGAGACCUCCACAGAUGAUGAUGUCGAUUACAAAGAAAAUGACUCUGUCGAGUAUCCAAACAUAGUAGGUGCGGAAAGCUCAGAUGAUGAUAUUGAUGAUGUUGAUAACAUUGAAGGAGACGAAGAAGAUGACGAAGACGAUGAAAUUAGCGACGAAGAGGAAACAGAUGAAGAUCAAAGGGCAAACGAUCAUUUUUGUGCGAACAUGAUUGAAGAACCUGGAAAAGACAGCGGAUGCACUGCUGUUGUCUGUCUAUUACAUGGUCGCGAUCUUUACGUUGCUAAUGCUGGCGACUCUCGGUGUGUAAUAUCCCGAAAUGGUCGAGUUAUUGAAAUGAGUCUCGACCACAAACCAGAAGAUGAUGAAGAGGCCGCCAGAAUUAUCAAAGCUGGAGGCCGAGUUACACUUGAUGGCCGCGUUAAUGGCGGCUUAAAUUUAUCUCGAGCUCUUGGGGACCACGCGUACAAAACAAAUGUUGAAUUACCAGCUGAGUCACAAAUGAUUUCUGCUUUACCAGAUAUAAAGAAAUUAAUUAUUACGCCAGAAGACGAGUUUAUGGUAAUGGCGUGUGAUGGUAUAUGGAACUAUAUGUCUAGUGAAGAAGUCGUCGAUUUUGUGCGGUUUAGAUUAAAGGAAAAAAAUAAAAAAUUGUCAAUCAUAUGUGAAGAGCUUUUUGACAACUGCUUAGCGCCAAACACUAUGGGUGAUGGAACUGGUUGUGACAACAUGACUGCCGUGAUUGUGCAAUUUAAAAAACCCCUGCAAGAUCUACGUGCUACAAUAAACCCAACUGAAACAGAAGAUGUGGUAGCCAGCAGAUACGAAAGCUGUGAAAAGGAUACAGAUGGAGGUAUCGAUCGAUGCCUUCUUAAACGAUGCGUUUCGCCAGAUACCGUUCCCGAUAGCGAUGGUCUUGAAAAUAAUGCUACUAAAUCGAAACGGCUAAAGACUGAAGAUAAUAAAAUGGAAAGAGUUAAUUCUGCCAUUGACAAUCUAAACGAAGAGAAACGAUAGCUUAUUAAGGAGCUAGAUUAGUUUCCUCAUCUUAUAUAUUUGGCUUGCGAAUCCCGAACUCGUCAUAUAUAACUUUUACGUGUAAACUGCAUUUUAAUCGUACAUUUUAAGCUCUUAGAGAUCAUUACAAAAAAUAUAAACCCAUUAUGAAUUUUUCCCACAAAUAUUUUAGGUAUAUUUAAAGAUUUAUUAACAACACGCUACUUUAAAAAUAAAUAAAAUAUUCAUCAUACAUUAUUGAUAAACUAAAGUGUAUAAUCCCAUAUUUUUAGUUUAAUUUAAACAGUACUAACGCCAAUUAUUGUCAUACACAUAAAAUAAUAAAUAUCAAUCAAAUGGGAAAA